CCCCCGGGACCGGCGGCCGGUGAGGAAAUCGGGCUCUGGGUGGGGGUAGCCUCGCCCUGUCGCGCCCGCCGGGGCUCUACCGCUCCGUCCUUCCCCGUCCCAGCGCAGGUGAGCUGGCGCCUGUCCUUAACCUUCUUCGGGGACCUGGCAGGACCGAGGCUCGGAAGCUUCUCUAGCCUCCGGGCUGGCGCAAGUCGACUGCGGUUCCGCCCCAGUCCCGAUGAAGUCAUAGUGCUGUGGUUUAGCGUGUCUGUGACGUCAGGGGUUUCCAAGAGAUGAGCUGUGACGUCAUGCAGACCCCGGCGGGGAGGUUGACACGCAGAAGGGCCAGGAGGACCAGGAGGGGAGAAAAAGGAAGAACUGCUGCUCAGUGAACAUCCUGUGACUUGCCUUCAUUAUGCUCAUUUCGCAUAGAGUCGUCUUCCUUGGUUUAUUGCCUUGUUUUGCUGGGGUACAUACUAAGAGCCUCUGUUAUGCACCUAAAGCCAUACUGGAAACUCCAGAAGAAAGUGCGACCUUUGGAAAUCAGCAAGGAAACUCUGAGAACUCCUAUGAGCCACCAACAAGCUAUAAAUGAUGAAAAAUGCAAAGCUAGCUGUAUGAAACCAAGUGUCUUUCCUUCAGCCUCUCUUGGUAAAGCAUCAUCUCGAAAGCCUUUUGGAAUCCUUUCUCCAAAUGUCCUGUGCAGUAUGAGUGGGAACAGUCCUGAAGAGAGCAGCGUGAAUGUUAAAACCAAGAAGAAUGCAUCGUCUGCAACAAUCCACCAGGGUGAGGAAGGGGAAGGGCCACUUGAUAUCUGGGCUGUCGUGAAACCGGGAAAUACCAAGGAAAAGAUUGCAUUCUUUGCAGCCCACCAGUGUAGUAAUAGAAUAGGAUCUAUGAAAAUAAAAAGCUCCUGGGAUAUUGAUGGGAGAGCUACUAAAAGAAGGAAAAAAUCAGGGGAUCUUAAAAAAGCCAAGAUACAGUUAGAAAGGAUGAAGGAAGUCAACAGCAGAUGCUACCAACCUGAGCCUUUUGCGUGUGGCAUUGAGCAUUGUUCUGUGCAUUACGUGAGUGACAACGGGGACGGAGUCUAUGCCGGGAGGCCUCUGUCGGUCAUACAAAUGGUUGCCUUCCUCGAGCAAAGAGCCAGUGCUCUGCUAGCCAGUUGUGCGAAAAACUGCACUAACUCACCUGCUGUGGUGCGGUUUUCCGGGCAAUCCAGAGGUGUGCCCCCAGCCCCCGAGCCCUUGUCUGCCCCAGGAGCAUGUGAAGAACCCAUGGAAAGGAGAAAUCCUGAGGUUGGUGAACCACAGAGUGAGCCAGUCCGUGUCCUUGACAUGGUAGCCAGGCUGGAGUCCGAGUGCCUGAAGCGGCAGAGCCAGCGUGAGCCUGGGAGCCUCUCGAGGAAUAACAGCUUCCGUCGCAAUGUGGGCCGCGUGUUGCUUGUGAAUGGCACCCAGGCUGAGGAAAGCAAAACAAACAAAGGCGCCUUGGAGGUACCUGACACUCAGGUGAAAACUGUGGGGUCUGUAUCUGUGGACUGUGGCCCCUUAAGAGCUGACCAUUGUUCUCCCAAGGGGGACCAGGCCUGGGACGGCGCUCCUCGGGGCUGUCCCUCAUUGCCAGCAGGCGUGAGUUUGCACACGGACAGUGCAGAAUUAGAGCCAGAUCAGCAGACUGCCAUGAAAAACAGCAAUACACAUGAUGUGGAAAUGACAGAGGAACUUGUUGGGUCACCUUUUCCUCCUCGCACCUGUCCCCAAGCCAUUGAAUUGCCCCCAGAUGCUAUUGAUGGUAUGAGUGAAGAGCUUGUGCCUCUUGCUAGCCAAAAUCCUGAUCAGAGAAGAAAAGAAUCUUUGUGCAUUAGUAUCACUGUGUCCAAGGUAGAGAAAGACCAGCCUUCCAGUUCAAAGUCCUGCGAAGACCCACUUCCAGGGAUGUUGUUUUUUUUGCCAUCUGGUCAGCACCAGUCGGGCUGUUCCCAGCUGAAUGAAGGCACAACAGAAGAGUCUUCCGAGGCCAGUCAGCUUGAAGAUGCUGCUGAGGGUGACAGUGCAUCUGAGGAAAAAAGUGUCUCGGCUGAUUCAUUUGUCCCGCUGGCUUCUGUGGAAAGUACAUUACCAGUGCUUGAGGCAUCCAGUUGGAAGAAGCAGGUGUCGCAUGACUUUCUGGAGACCAGGUUUAAAAUCCAGCAGCUUUUGGAGCCUCAGCAGUACAUGGCUUUUCUGCCCCACCACAUUAUGGUGAAAAUCUUCAGGUUACUUCCCACUAAGAGUUUAGUGGCUCUUAAAUGUACCUGCUGCUAUUUCAAGUUUAUCAUUGAAUAUUACAAUAUCAGGCCAGCAGAUUCUCGCUGGGUUCGGGAUCCACGCUAUAGAGAGGAUCCGUGCAAGCAGUGCAAGAAAAAAUAUGUGAAAGGGGAUGUGUCCCUGUGCCGGUGGCACCCCAAGCCCUAUUGCCAGGCAUUGCCCUAUGGCCCGGGAUACUGGAUGUGCUGCCACCGGUCUCAGAAGGGCUUCCCUGGCUGUAAGCUGGGGCUUCAUGACAAUCACUGGGUCCCUGCUUGCCAUAGCUUUAAUCGGGCAAUCCAUAAGAAAGCAAAAGGGACUGAAACUGAAGAGGAGUACUAAAGUUUAUGUGCGAGGCAACGGAUUGAUUUUUAAAACUGCAAACCACCACCUAGAUACGCCGUUCCAGUGAGUGUUGCCUCUCAGUCUUCGUUCCAGGAGAACCUCUGCUACUCCAUCAGGACUGCCAUUGCUCAGGCAUCUUAAAUCUCUGAAUUUACGAGCUGUAGAAGAAAAUCGGUCUCAUCGUUUUCUAGUGGUGCCUCAUGCUUGAUCCAGGGCUGUAUCCCACAGUUUGAUCCACUUGGCUGUGAAUAACUAUGCCUGUUUUCCCAAAUCGAAUCCUUCUUCAAAGGAUUGUUCAAAGAAGACUUGCCACCGUCAAGAAUGUUCAGCAGAGUUCAUCGCAGACUAUGCAGGCAAUCCCCAAAAAGGGGUUCUGGGCAUGUUUUGAGCACUGGCACCAUAUCUGAAAUAAGUGAAUAGUGUCCUAUGAAGAGAAUAGCAGUACUCUUGGGUGAAAAGUAUGCUUACAAAGAAAAGUUAGGCACCUUACCUUAGACCUUGUAUGCUUGAUCUGUGAGACUGAUGUUUGUGGUUGGAGAUGGAUUUCAUGCCCUGUGGUGUUUACAGUGUAUAUAAUGGUUGUGUUUUCAUAGGGCUAUGAAAGUGCACAUUAAACCCGAGCGCCUUUACUUUAGAUGAGUGCUUUUGGCCCCUCUGUAAAUAACACUAUUAAAAUCCAGGUGUAAAUAGCGGACAGCUGACUGAACAUAAUCACCACAAUGCAGCUAGGAUAGUGUUGCAGCUACAACUGUGUGGAUUUUUUUUGGUUUUUUGUUUUUUUGGUCUCGUCUCAAAUUUGUAUAAAAUAUGAAUGUUUCCCAAAUAAACUAUGAAUGUUUUCUGUAUAAUAUAUGAAUGUUUCUGAAAAGAAACUCUAAAUAGUUAAGAGGUUAACCUGUUGAAAGGAUACCAAAUAAUGGUUUAACUGGACAACCUUAAAAAAUUAGCAUAGAGAACAAUCCUUUGUUAUAUUUUAGUGAUUCACCAAGAAUGAGAGAAUAUUAUAUAGUCAGAUUAUAACAUUCUUGUCUAUUUUAUUCUUUCUGUCUGGUUACAAAUUUUUUUUAACUUCAAUAAAAACAUGCAUCUUAAAUGGGA